AUGGGCGUGGGCCUCUGCGCCGCUCGCGCUUGUGUCCCCCAUCCUCGGCCAACAACAUCCAUUGAGUCAUCUGUUACCGUCGAAACUUCUACAGCCAACUCUGCCACUACAGAACUGGAGACGACUACUUCUGGCUUAACCUCUCAAGAGACUUUGAGUGUCACUGAGUCUCAGACCAGUGUCGAAUCUGCUGCCACUACGACCGAUGGUAUCAGCUCUUUUACCACCAGCCUUGCGACUACGACUGCUGUCACUUCCCAAGAGACCGAGACCUCUACAACAGCCGACGAAGCCACAAGCACAACAAUCGAAGCCACUACGACUACAGCUGGCCCUCCCGUGAUUACUAACCUCGUUGAGAAUGGUGGUUUCGAAGACUCUACCAUCGAUCCUUGGGUGGUAGAAGGAGCCUCUCCGGAAGUCUUCAGUAGCCCGUUUUUCUGCGCCGAGGGUAGCAAGUGUCUGCAAUUGCCUGGAAACCUUGAUAAUUCCGCCAGGGUCUGCCAGCGCGUUGCAGUUGAGGCGGGCUUCGAGUACACUUUCAAAGCGCAGGUCAGCCAGAACUGCAUCAAAGAGUAUGGUUCAAACACACUCACCUGCGAUGAUAAUAUUAAUACAGCUGAACUGUCCAUUGAUGGAGUAUUCGACUCUGGUGCAGAUGGCAUUGUCGGGUAUAAUACCUACAAAGACUUUACUUACACCUUCUCAUAUGUCGACCCAAGCAUUGAUUCUACUGAUCUUUGCAUUACUAUCACGCAGAACCAAGGCCUUAGCCCCGUCUUUUACCUUGAUGGCGUUUCUUUCACGCGUGGGAAAGCUGUGCCUAUUCCUGACCCAACGGAGUAA